AUGUCUGCUAUAAACCUCAGUGUUCUUCUCUCCGUUCUCGCCACAUUCGCGAACGCGGCGCCUGCAACAGAAGCCAGCUCGGAAUCCCACUCCAAUGCUGCGAUUUAUAAGCGUGCAAGCCCCUGCAGCUUCUCUGGUACCAUAGACCCCGCCGCUGUGGCUAGCCAGUUGCCGACAUGUUCCUCCGUCACCCUGAAUGCUGUCAAUGUUCCUGCCGGCAAGACUCUGGAUCUCUCUAAACUGGCUGACGGCACAUCUGUCAAUUUUGUGGGGACCUCAACUUGGGGCGUUCAGAAGGGUUUUGCUGGGCCUCUGCUUAGUAUCGGUGGUAACAACAUCAUUGUCACUGGCUCUGCGGGCGCCAAGCUCGACGGUCAGGGCACACAGUAUUGGGACGGGCAAGGCAGCAACGGACCAACCCCUAAGCCAAAGUUUCUGUCUGCCCAUAACCUCCUUGGAAAGUCUCAGAUCAACAAUCUCUACCUCUUGAACACGCCGGUUCAAGCUGUAAGCAUCAACGGCUGCAAUGGGCUUUCAAUCACUGGCAUGACUAUCGACAACUCGGCCAGUGAUAGUCUGCCGGCUAGCCAGGCGGCCCACAAUACUGAUGGCUUCGACAUUGGCUCUAGCACGAAUAUUCUUAUUGAUCAAGCCGUAGUGCUCAAUCAGGAUGACUGCGUGGCUAUCAACUCUGGGACGGGCAUCACUUUCCAGAAUGGACAGUGCACUGGUGGUCACGGUCUCUCUGUUGGCUCCGUGGGUCACGGUAGUACAACUACCAGCAAUACAGUCAGCAACGUCAAGUUCCUCAGCACUACCGUCAAAAACUCCGCAAAUGGCAUUCGCGUGAAGUCAUUCUUCGAUGGCAAGGGCACGAUCGAUCAGGUGACUUACAGCGGUAUUACUUUACAAGGAAUUUCUCGCUAUGGUAUUCUCAUCGAGCAGAAUUAUGACGGCGGAGAUCUCUCAAAGACCCAUGCACCUGGCGCGGGUGUUCCUAUCACCGGUCUCACUAUCGAUAAUAUCAUUGGUGGAGGUUCGGUAGCCGCAAGUGGAACCAACGUUGCCAUUGCGUGCGCGAACUGCACCGGAUGGACCUGGGGCUCUAGUGUCAGCGUCACCGGCGGAAGAGAGAUAGACAAGUAA